AGACACUGACAAACCAACUUGACUGAACGACUAGAGCGGUAGAGACCACGGAGGAAAUUUUCCAGUGUUCAGUGAAAUCACUGACAGUCCAAAGUUGCUUCUGGCUCUACUUUCAUUUUUGUUAUCUUAUUUCUUAAGGAUUUUAUAGACAUGCCAAGGAGCAAAAUCUUCAGUUUCUUAUUUACCACAAGUGCUGUGAUAGUUCUUUUCAAUUUUCACGUGGCAGAAGGAAUUCUGCGACGCUGCUACCAAUGUAGAUCUCGAGGAGAUCUAGGCAGCUGUAAAGAUCCUUUUCGUUUCAAUGCCACCCAAAUUGAGGAUGAGAGGGGCAUCACAGCUGUACCCUGUGCUUCUGGAUGGUGUGGCAAAGUGAUCGAGGGCGCUAACAGUUUCCGCGAUGAUGAUUACGACAUCGCCACGCAGAGGAUGUGCGUUCAGAGAGGUCCAUCAGAUUCAGAAGAUCGCUGUGCGUACACAGUAUACAAUCACAAGAAAGUCUUCAUGUGCUUCUGCCAGGGAGACCUCUGCAACACUGCCCCCAAAUUGAGUACGAUCAAUCUGCAAAUCAUACUGCUACUGCCACUUCUGCCCGUUCUUCUGGCAAGUUACCGAAACAGAUAACCAUUUGAUUGAAUAAAAGAUAAGAAUAAGAAAUGACUUGAAUUUGCUAGAAUAUUUGUACUUUAUUACAUGUGGAUUACGUCUAAAACAUUUCUAAACAAUCCUCUCAUAUUAAAUAUCAGUUGUCUUGGGGAUAAAUGAAUGGGCAAAAAUUAAUGAAAAAAUGGACAGAGCUGCUUGGCCGGAUAUUCACCUUCAGGGAGCAAUGAUUUUUCAUGAUGGCUGAGAAAUUGCAAUUAUUCAUAAAACUACUUCACCCGCGAAAGCGUUGACCCUAAAGUCAAGCGAAAUUGGUGAAAACAAACGUUGGAAUAUUUUAAAUAAUGUUUUUUUUUAAAUAACAAAUCGCAAUUAAUCAAACGAUUUGCCGACAGAGUUGAUUAUCAUUAACAAAAUUUUAGAUAGAUAAAGAUAAUAAGUUUUCAGAAAUGUAUUUUCUUUUAACUGAACUAAAAUCCGAGCUGAACGAAAUUUAAAAAAAUGUAAAAUAAAUCGCAAUAAUUUUAUUUAAAAAAAAAAGACUGAAGCUUAAAAAUCAUUGACCUGCAUAUCGAUUGCUUAGAAUAAGAAACGAAUAACUCGCAGUGGGCAAAUUUGACAGGAGAGCGAUUUGAAGCUGAGAUUUUACAUGCUGAGUUGAACUUCUAUGACUUUAAAAAUAAUUAUCUUUCAAGUAUAAUAUUCGCAGGGAAGGUGGAGCGUAUAAAGAAGUAUCCAAAAGCGAAUAAAACAAAUUUUGUAAAAAAAAAUCGAGUUGUUCGAUUUAUAUUCUGAGUCGUCGAUAUCAUUCAACACUAGAAAACAUCAUUAGGCUCACGCUAAUGAUGGCUCACGCUACAACUGGAAAAUGUAGCCCUGCCUAGCUCUUUCGCAUUUUUUUGAACUGCACCCAAAUGAAAAUAUGGAUAUUCUGCGAAAAAUAAUUUUUUAGGCUAUUUAGAAUCGAUGAAAAAUAGACUCUGUGGAUGAUAACAAACUAUAAGAAUGUCCAAGUCUGGGAUGUUUUUUUUUAUUAAGUCGUUAAAUUGGUUUUCUGCGAAUUCUACGGUCUCUAAUGGCCUCUACACACUAGAGAAAUUUAUUUCCAUAUUGAAGCAAAUUCCCUAUGUUUGUGUAGAAAAAACUCUUCAAUAUGGACAUAAAUUUCUCUAUUGUGUAGAGGCCAUAAAAGUGGGAAGGAAAAUAAUUAGUGAAUUUUUAUUAUACCAGAAUUUCGCCAAUGUUUUCUUUGCAUUAUCAGACUUUUUCUGCGUAAGCCAUGUCUUGUAAACUCAAAACAAAAAAAAUUAAAGUUACGAUUAAAUUUCUAAUUUUUAAUAUAUUAGUUGCACUUUCAAACUCAAAAAUUUAAGCUUUAAGACUUCUACAAAUUGGGAGUAAUUUUUGUCAAAAAUUCCAUUUUUGACAGAAGUUUGACGUUUCAACCUACAGCGCUGCAGACAAUAUUCUUCAAGUUUUCAUGAAAAUUGCUCCGAAUGUGUAAGUAGAGAAAACCAAGGAGUAACUCAUUUUUUCUGACAGAAAGUUUCUCGAGUGUCGCGAUGUAAAAAUAGAUUUUAUCAGAUUUCGCGAUGCAUUUUUUUGGUUUCUUUGGUUUCGGUAUGCAAAGAGUGGGUUUCUCGUGUUUAGGCGAUGCAAAGACUAGUGUUCUUGAGUUUCGUGGUGCAAAUUUUGGGUUUCUCGGGUCUCGCGAUGCAAAAAUUGGGUUUGUCGGGUUUCGAUGGGUUGGCCUAUUCGGGCGAUGCAAAGAGUGAGGUAUUGCGGUACAAAUUUUGGGUUUCUCGGAUUUCGCGAUGUAAUUUUUGGGUUUCUCAGGUUUCGCGAUGCAAAAAGUGGGUCACAGGUUUUGUGAUGCAAAAAUUAGGCUUGUCAGGCUUCGCGAUGCGUUUCUCGGAUAAUGGACAAGGGUCUCUCAAUGUGAGUUACCCCCGGAAGAAUAUCGUUGUAUAUGUCUUCCAUUUAGUUAUUUUUUUUUUCUAAAAUUCAAAUCAUAUACUGGUAAUAUUUCUAAUAUUUUAAGCUAGGACACACAGAAAAUCAUAAAAUAAUUCUUAAACAAAUAAGAGAAUCAGCCUCAAUGUGGUCAAUAGUAAAACUGCAAAAACAAAUCAGCAGUAAAAAAAAAUAAAUUUUGUCAGCAAAUACAUAUUAUAUUUUAGGUGGAAA